AUGGGGAAUUUUCUACACGACAUUGUCAAUGCUGAAUAUUCCGAUAAUCAGUUUUCUGGAAGCAGCACAGGCAUAUUGCCUGAUGUACUGCAUGUUGGUUUCAAUGAAUUUGCAGAUUUCUCCUCUAUAUUUGGCCACAUGCCUGCCGCUCCUACCCAUCUGCAACCUAGCACCAUAGGAGAUAUGAAUCGGCUCACCAAUAGUCACGGCGGAACAGAAACUCCAGCAGUGCAAAGGGCAGUUAACGCCGGUGAGCAGGCUUUCAGGGAAUCCAUGUGGCUCUGGGAUCCUUCGAUGGAAGACAACCGCGUCGCGGAGCAGAUCCACCUCACAUUGCCGGGAUAUCAGUCCCUCGACGAUCAUCAAGCGCGAGAAAGUGACUUGGAUCUGCAACUUUCUUCAAUGAGCCGAGAUAAGCUGCUCCUGAUGAUCCUUGAUACGUGUGAUCCUCGAGCACAGCGCCAAGUGGUGUCUCGUUUCCCCUCGAUGAGUUUCCUCUCCUGUCUCCUUGCCGAUUUCAAAGCCAGACAUAGUCGACAAAUCUCACCUUGGAUUCACUUCCCCACAAUCGACCUGGAGAAUGAGUGCGAAGAAUUCCUAGGAGCAUUAAUUUGCGCUGGGGCAGCUGACUCGAGAAGACCUGAAGUUCGCAAGCUUGGAUUCGCUCUACAAGAAGCCGCUCGACUCGCGAUAGCGAAAAGAUUUGAAGAAGAUAACAGGAAUCUCCGAGAUCUGCGGUCAAUGCAGGCAUUUCUCGUAGUGCUCAAUGUGGGUCUCAAUAGUGCAUCUCGGCGGAAAAUCGAAAUCGCAGAGAGUUACACGCUGCAUAUCGUCACAAUGCUUCGCAGAGGCGGUCGAUUUCGAAAUAGGUGGAAAGGUCGAUCAGAGGCAAACAAUGAAGACCAGAAUCAGGAUCUUGAAGUUCGAUGGAGGAGAUGGGCGGAAGAGGAGUCCUUCAAGAGGCUCGUCUAUCACGUACUCUUUCAAGACGUUCAAACCUCGGUGGCACUCUUCCGUCAACCUGUGACCUCCUAUUCGGAAAUCAAUCUGCCUAUGCCCUGUGCCGCAGAGAUCUGGGAAGCAGAGUCCGCUGAGCUUUGGUGGCAGGAGAUAUUGAGAAGACCGGGUCAACUGACAAUCCCUCAAAUCACGCUUCCAGAGUGCCUGCAGGAUGGAGGCUUGCUAAGUCUUUACAACAUUCAGAUUGACAUUCAGAUGAGUCUGAGGGUAAUGGUUUCUAAUUUCUGGCUACGCGUAUGGCAAUCGAUUCAGAUGCGGCCAUUUUUGUCACCAGGGGAUAGUGUUUCACGACUUGCUACCAUGAGUGCGUCCCACCAACAGCUCGUGGCUGCUGGUGAGGACCUGAUUGUGAGGUUCUCUGAAGGCUCAUUCUCAAUGCAUCCCAGUGUGAAAAUGAUGCUGGAGCUGGCAAUGAUGCACCUACAUGUCUCACUCGAAGACAUCCAGCAGCUUGCAGGAAACGAGGGAGAAGAAGGGGCCCGCAAAGCAGCUUCCCGUCUUCGAGCAUGGAUCAAGUUACCCGAGUCUCGACGUGCUCUGUUUCAUGCCGGCCAGAUUGCCAGAGCGACGGCUGAAUGUCCUCCACAAUAUGUGCGUGGUUUCCACGCUGUGAUGGUUUACCACGCGAGCCUCACUAUGUGGGCCUACACGCUAUUGGCGACAAGCCAGAAUGGCGUCCAAGCAGUGCAAGCUACUCGAAUUCAUCGCAUUGAAUAUCCAGCCCCUAUUGUCUGGCUCGAUGGAGAAGAGGUGCCAGAACUAAGGCGCUUCAUGCUUCUCGGGACCGGGACGGCUUGUAUACGCAAAUACACUGCCAGCAAUUUUAAUGGGAAGGAUAAUGAACUUGGCGCUGUACCACUUACUGACCCAGCGGAGAUCAUGGUGAGUAUGGCCGGGCUGCUGUCGAGUCGGGAUGAGAGCGACUACUAUUGUAUUCCUAUCGUCAGCUAUCUGACUAGGCUGAUGCAUUCGCUGGCCAAAGCUUCUGCUGCCAUGAAACUUUCACGCUAG